AUGGAAAGUGACCUUGGUGAACAGGUAUCUUCGAACUCAGUCAUUGCAUUUGUGCACAAGUAUAAGAAUUUGUACCAAUUCUACCUGGACAAGUGCACACCAUAUGUCAAGGAGAGGUGGGCUGCUGAGUUAGGUUUGCUGGUACUGUUUAUACUACGUGUUGUGUUUGGUCAAGGUUGGUACGUUGUUUGCUACGCGCUUUUUAUCUUUCUGCUGAAUCAAUUCCUAGCAUUUCUGACACCUAAGUUCGACGUGUCUUUACAACAAGAUGAAGAGAACAAUGAGUUGGAAGCCGGAGAGAAAUCCGAUGAGUUCCGUCCUUUUAUCAGAAGGUUACCUGAAUUCAGAUUCUGGCACAAUUGUAUCAGGGCUACUGUGUUGUCCAUGUUUCUGUCUUUGUUCAGAAUAUUAGAUAUCCCAGUGUUCUGGCCUAUCUUGCUGUUCUAUUUCAUCACUUUGUUUUUCCUAACUAUGAGAAGACAAAUCCAGCAUAUGAUCAAAUACCGCUACAUCCCAAUCGACAUUGGUAAGAAGAGAUAUAAGCCCCAAAUUUAA